AUGGCUCAAAGAUUACCUCAUAUUGCUCGGUUUCUCAAUAACAGAUAUGAAUUCAUUGAAGAUAAACAAGUAUUUGCAUCAAACGUGUCAGUCUACAGACGAAGUAAACCGCAAGUGGAAGGAAAGCAUUAUGCUGUUGGGAUAGAGAAUUUCAGAGGAGAGGAUGUCGGAAUGCGUAGAAGUGUAGUCCCUGAACCCGACAAUCGACAAACAAAUCAUAAUUUCAAUUGUUGUGUCGUAAAGAUGCCAAAGUAUCUGUCUCUGCUUCAGCAAUGUAAAUGGAUCUUGUCGACUUGCGUUGGACCAAAGAUUGUUUGUUCGGCGUUUGAGGACGACGAUUAA